UAAUAUUCAUAGACGUCUACAAAUUAAUUGUAGUUACUCAUAUAUAUUUUAUGGUAAAAAAAAACAUGAAAAUUUUUUAUAAUAAAUACGUAAGCUAAAUAAUUUACAAGUGAUAAAUAAUAAAUAUUUCCCAUUACUAUUUUUAUCAAACAGUAAAUUUAAAUGAAUACAUAAAAAUAUAAAAUGUCAAAUGACUGUGAAAAUUCAUUGAUAACAAGAUUAAAUAAUAAAGCUAAAGUAGAUUUCACGAACAAAAAAUUAAAAGAUGUUGCUUCCCGACUACCUAUGAUAUAUGAAGAAGGUUUAAAAAACAAAAAUAUAAAUAAAUAUGAAAGCUCAUAUGUAUUUUUCAAACGUUACUUAAAUAUAGUAGCAUGGGCUAAAAAACAAAAAGCGUAUAAUGAUGCCCCUAAUAAUUAUCAACAAAUUGUGCCUAAACAAAUUGAAGAGGUUAAAGCUCUCGUAGAUAGUUUAUUAACAAAAUUAAAAUCUGAUCAACAAGUGAUAAGCGAACCAAAAAAUAAAAAACAAGAUGAAGAUUCAUACCUCGACAAACUUUCUAGUUGUCCCGACAUUCCAGAUGACGAACCUGUUCAUAAUAACAAUAAUAAUAAUAACAAUAAUGUUAUUAAAAUAAAUAAUAAUAAUAAUAUUAAUAACAAUAGCAAUAAUAAAAUUAUCAAUGAUAGUGAUAAUAAAAAUCAAUUGGAAGGUUUUAUAAAAUGUCAAGAAUUAUUCCCAGCAAUAAGCAACAGUAGAACUUUGAUACUGGAUGUCAGACCUGAAAAUGAUUACAAAUUGUCACGAAUUCAAGCGAGGAAUUGUAUUAAUAUACCUGAAAGUUGUAUCCACCUUGGCUCUGUUGCUACGAAAUAUUCCAAUUACAUUAAGGAUCCUAAUGAUGUAACACUUUAUGAAGAACGCAGCAAACAAUACAUCGAUUUAUUGGUACUAGUAGACUGGCAUACAACUCAUGAUAAAUUAAAACCGUCUAGCCCAAUAGCGUUGAUGAAAGAAAUAUUAACAAAAUGGGAUCCAGGAAAAACUAAAGGCGAUCUCGUGAUGCUCGAAGGUGGUUUCAACGAAUGGAUAAAUGUCUAUCCGCAAUUUGUAACUGAUCCGAAUGUCACCUGUCCAUCAGAUUGGGAUGACCAUCCCGAGUAUGAUGUAAUGCCGAAGAUAGAAUAUCCUAGUUACUUGAACACAGAUCCAAAGCGACCUGAAUCUACCACUGGUAGAUUUAAUCCUAAACGUAUUACUGAAAUUAAUGAGACAUUAGACGAAAUAAGUAAUUCAGUUUCACGGCUGUCACAAGAUUUUAAUCAAAUAGACAUUGAUACAAGUAAAAGUAAUAGCUUUGAUAAUAAUAGUGAUAAUGAUGAUACGAGAACUAAAUUUACUGCUAAAGUUAAAACAAGUAUGCCAGUAAUUGAUCGUACUAAGAAACCUACCAAUAAGGAUCCGGAUAUUUUGGAGUACUUUGAAAUUUUGAAGCAACGUAAUGAUCUUGCUGAAUAUCAAGAGAAAUUAGAAAAUCAGUGGUACAGAAUUGAACAGGGGAUCCUUGAGUUGGUUAAAGACGACGUUGAUACCGCGGAAAAAAUACAGGAGAGAAAUCUUGUCAAAGAAACACUUGAAAAAAUACUUACAGAUAAAAAAUAUAAUAAACGACAGGUAAAUGAUAAAAAAGUUUCACUUAAAAAUAAACUUGCGUAUUGUUCUGCCGAAGAAACAAAAUUAGAUAUUCGAUAUGGGGAUAUAGAAAAUCGAAUUAAAGAGACUCAAUUAAAGCGUGAAGAAGUCUUGAAAAAUAUCGAAAAAAUAAUAACAGAAAGAGAAGAAUUUAAUAAAAAUAAAACAAAUAAAUAUGACAAUGAAAUAUAUAAAGAGCCAUUAAAAUCAGAAGAUGCUACGGUAACAAUAAACUCUGAUUUAAAAAGAUCUUUGUCAAGCCCAAAUCUCGCCCAGGUAAAAAAGAUUAAAUUAACCAGAGACUAUGAAAAUUUGAAAAAGCCAACAUUUGAUCGGUCAUCCAAGCCCUCGGAUUUACGUAAAAAUCAAUAUGGCAACAAUUAUAAUAAAUCUGUUGAUGACUCAAAUCUUUCUCAUAUGAAACCAGUUUUUAUGGAUAAUAUGCAACGAGGUACAACUGGAUUAAAAAAUCUUGGCAAUUCAUGUUACAUGAGCUCGAUAAUUCAGUGUUUAAGUAACACUCCAUAUUUGUCAACGUACUUCAGAAACAACAGUUACGAAGAUGCGUUAAGUAAAAACGGUAGUUAUGGAAAAAAUGAAAAAUUAGUAACAGCAUUUGCCCAAGUUAUUAAAUCACUGUGGACUGGUACCAUACGUCACAUUUCACCAAUCGAACUCAAGUUGACGUUAGGAAGUUUAAGUAACGCCUUUGGUACAAAUGAACAACAAGAUUCACACGAAUUUUUAAUUCUUUUGCUGGAGUGGAUGCAUCUCGCCCUCAGAACGGAUAACAAAGAAAUUCGUCCGAAUACUCCGAUGACUGAGGCCGAGAAACAAUACCAGCAAUCAUUGGAAGGGAAGAGAUCGGUGUUGAGUGAAUUAUUUAAUGGACAAUCACGUUCUACAUGUACAUGUAUAUCUUGCGGGUUUCAUAGUGAGACUUAUGAAACCUUCAAUAGUUUAACACUUUCAGUGCCUGAAAAUUCACCAUGUGAAUUGUAUGAUUGUAUUGGACAAUAUUUAAGUGAGCAAAGUAUAAGUGAAUGGAAGUGUCCUAAAUGUAAAGUUGCGCGGCCAGCAACCAAAAAAUGUGAUUUUGUAAAAUUGCCGCCAAUUAUUAUUAUUCAUUUGAAUCGUUUUAGUGGAACUGAUGGAAUAAUGACUAAAAAAAAUACUUAUGUUAAAUGCCCGCUUGUUAAUCUUAAGUUACGUCAUCUUGUUGCUAAUGACAGUACCAAAAAUUAUAGUUAUGAUCUGUACGGUCUUUCGCAUCACAUUGGUGGCAUUCAUGGCGGGCAUUAUACGGCCUAUUGUAAAAAUAAUCAAAAAUGGUUUAAAUAUGAUGAUGAUCGAGUAUCAGCUGUAAGUGAAUCAGAUGUUAAGAACAUAAGCUCCAGUGCCUACUUAUUGUUUUACUCAUCAAUAAGACACGAUUCCUUUAUAAAUUCGCACUAAUAAAUUAAUUAUUAUUUAAUGAAUUAUAUAUUUGAACAAUUAAUUAAGUAUGGCUUCAAAUAUUUUAUAAAUAUAAUUUAUAAAUUUUAAUAAUCUGCCAUAUUUAUUAUUAUGUAUAUAUGUUUAUUUAGAAACAAAUUAUAGUAAGCAAUUGUUGAUAUUAAUUAUUAAUUAUUAUAAAUAA